AUGGGAAGGUGGAAAGAAAAAUACUUUGAUAAAAGAUUUAAAUUCUGGAAAAAAAAUAAGAAAAAAAAAGGAAUGAGUGAAAAUUUUGAAAAUAUUUCUUUUGUUGGUAGUCAAAUUGGAGGACAUCCAUAUAAAUAUAUGAUAUUAUGGUUGAUUGUUUUUCUUACAUCUUUAACAAUAAUUAGUGAUCCACCAAAAGAACCUAAACAACCUGAUUUAGGUUUUACUAAAUUUGAUGCUGAAGCAAGAAGAGAAGUUCUUUCAAAUAUUAAUUUUUUUGGUGGAAAUGGAGAACCAUGGUAUAUGGGAUUUUUUGCUCAUGCCUUACCAGGAAAUAAUAUGCUUGAUGUAGAAACUUUUAAUACUUUUAAAUCACAAUAUUUAAAAAUUUUAAGGACGCCUUUAUCUACAUUAAAUGAUAGUGAUAUUGUAAAAAAUGUAACAUAUCUUGAUAUUUGUGAUCCAUUUUGUACUUUCAAUGAUGUUGUUUUUGGUUUUAUGGAUGGUUACGCAACAAGAGGUCUUCUAGCAUUAUUUUCUGAACCUGAUCCAAUUUAUUAUCCAACAUCAAAAAUGUUAGGAUUUGAUGUAAAUAUUGGAAAACAUUUUUUUGAAAGAACAUAUGAUUCAAAAGAUGAGAUGAUUGGUGCAAAUAUAUCAGCUCUAUACUUUACAACAAUGGUAACAUCAAUUGAAAAAAGAAAACUUCUUAAUAUUUUAGAGGAAAAUGUUUUAAAAGUUGUUGAAGAAUUUAAUAAAAAUCCAGAAAGAAAAUUUAAUUUAGUAUGUAUUGGUACUGCUAGAGUUGGAAUGGAUGUUAAAGAAGGAUUAUUACAUGUUAGCAAAUUUUAUCUUACUGGAAUUUGUUUGUAUAUUGUUGUCUUUUUAAUGAUGUUUCAUUUUUUUAUAUCAUGGAAAUUUGAUUUUGGCAAAAAAACAAAUUAUUUAUUUGGAAUUAUAAUUUUAUUAAUUCCUAUAUUUAGUUCUAUAAUUGCUUUAAGAAUUCAAGUAUUAAUUUCAUCUGAAAUUAAUUUUUUAUUUAUUAGUUCUCCAUGGAUUACAGUGGCAUAUUUUUUAGCAACUUUAAAAUCAUUACUUCUUCUUCAAUAUUGGAUGUAUUAUAAUUCAAUUCCAACAGUAUAUACACAAACAGUUGUCUCUGAUUUUCAGUUAAGAAUAACAGUAAUGUUUGGAAGAUUCACAAAAAUAUUUUUUACUUCUAUGUUUUGUGAUGUAACAGGACUUUGUAUUGGAGCAUUACUUGUUCCUUCAGCAUAUAGUGAAUUUUUAUAUUUUAUGUUACUUUUAUCUCUUUCAAUUAAUUUUACCAUACUAUUCCUCCUAACACCAUUAUUAAAAUUUUUCAAAAAAGGUAAAAAGACAGAAAUGAUUGAAUUAGGAUAUAGGAUGGCUUCAAUUGGAAACAAUAAAAAUAUAAAAAAUAAUAAUAUUAAUCAUUAUUCUUAUACAAAUUCAUAUAAUCAUGAUGAAGAAUUAAAUUUACCAAAAAAUGUUUUAAGAAGUAGGCAAAUAAGAAAAAAAAUAAUACAACCAUAUUCUGAUUUUAUGACAACUAAAGUUGCUGCAAUAAUAUCAAUAAGUAUAAUGAUUGUAUUAUCAAUUAUUAUUCCAUACUUCUAUCUUCCAUUAGUCUUCUCACCAGAUUCCAAUUUUAUUUCUUUAAAUUUUAGGCAACUAGUAUUGCCUGACUCAUUGACAGUUGAUGGUUUUAAUAUAGUUGAACAUAGAGUAUGGCCAGAUUCACUUGCUACAGUUUAUAUUAUUCAAAAACCACCAAAAAAUUUUAGUGAUGAAUCUGAAUUUGUUCCAUUUAAAGAAAUGAUAGAUGAUUUAGAAUUAGUAAAAGAAAAUGCUGGAAGAAAUGCAAAUCAAAUGUGGUUAUUUGAUUAUAUGAGAGUAACAAAACAAAAUUGGAUUGAAACAAAAAGUUUAAAUAUGUCAGGUUUUAAAAAAUUUAUUACAACAUUUCCAUAUAAAGAUUGGCAAACAGGAACACGAUUUGAAUUUUUAAUUGAUCCAAUAACAAAUAAAGAAACACCAGUAAUUACUAAGAUGCUUUUUAUGGCAACUCAUAAUAAUGUAACAUCAAUAAAAGAAAAACAUACUCUUAUGCAAAAAAUAAGAAAUAAAGUUUCAAAAUAUCGUGAAAAAUAUGAUGUUGUUCCUUAUGACACUGAUGCAUUAAAUAUUGAUAUUGUAGAUCAAUCACUUCAAACAAGUAUCUAUAUCAAUGUAUGCCUUGUUGUAUCAUUAAUAAUAGGACAAACAUUUAUAACACCAAAAUUAGGAUUAGCUUUGAUAGGAUUAUACAUAAUAAUAUCAUCAUGUGAAUAUUUAUAUAUAUUGGUAUUUCUAUUUAUUGAACAUUUGACACCAUUUAGUAUCGUAUCAGUAUUUUUGGGUCUUCUUAUGUUAUCAAUUUCAUUGUCAAUAAUUCUUUAUGAAUUUUAUCACCUUAAUGAUGUUCAUGGAAGAAGAAAAAGAAUCAAUUUUACAAUAACAAAUGUUAUGUAUGUAAUAUUAAUUUCUACAAUUUCUAUGGGUUGUAGUUUAUUACCAUUAAUAUUUUCAAAAGUUUCUCUUUUUUAUGAAGCUUCAGUUAUUGUGGAAUGUACUAUUUUAAUUAUACUUUUUCAAGGUAUUUUCAUUCUUCCAAGUUUAUUUGGUUUCUUUCCAAAAUCCAUUACUAUGGAAUAA